AUGGAAGCUUCAAUCAAAGCUUUACAAGAAUCAAUCGAAGCAUUGAAUGCUAAGAUGGAUGAAAGACAACAAGAAGAUCUUGCUUAUAGAGCCAAGAUCCAACAAAGUUUCGAAGCUAUGAACACAAUGAAUACCGACUUAGCAACUAAAUUAUUGGAAUUAAAAACCAAAGAUGACGAAGAAAGAAAAGUUUUAAAAGAAGCAUCAAUUGAAUUUACCAAGUUUCAAAAGGAGCAAGAGGAAAUUAAAAAGGAAGCUAAAGAACUAGGUGUUGAACUAAAAGAAGAAAGAAAACACGCUGAAGCAAUCUUGAAAAUGGAAGAACAAGCUUUACAAGCAAAAUUCGAAGAAGAAGACAAGAAUUUAGAAAACCUUAGAGACGGAAUUGCUGAAGAAGUACCAAAAUACCUUCAAGAAUUCAGAGGUGAAAUAAUUAAUCAAGUGAACAACCUGAUUGCCGAACAAGACAAUCCAACUCAAGGGAAGAUUAACAAUAACGAGAAACUACAAAAGGAAAAAAUACUAUUAUCAAAAAUUAAAAAACACUCAUCUUCAAUCAUAAUUGAUGAAGACAACCAAAUCAUUCUGGAAUGCACCAAAAGAUUUACUGACGCUAAUCUAACACCUACAACAUCGAUGACAAUCGAUAGUAUCUUUACCAAAGAUAACACUUUGGCUAUUCUGGAAAUACAACAGGCGCUAAUCAACAAAAGCGUCAAAUACAGUGACUGGAGCAUGUUCCUCUCACUCUGCUGCAAGAAAAACACGGCAUAUCAUUUGAAAGACGCAAGAGGAAAGAUUAUGCCCUGGAAAAACUGUCUUUUAAGUAUCUACAAAUUUUUCAACUUCCAGAAGGCCUCUUCAAUAGCAGAAGAUGAAAUUGUGACUCGCCAACUAUCCGAUGGUGACAAUGUGACUAUGUUCAUGUUACAACUCACAGAACUGGCUAGCACGAACAGAUCUACCAAUUUAUUUCAUAUCUUACUAAGAAAAUUAAAAAUAAUUAUGAGAAAGGAAUUUCCUACCUUGAAAAUUCCAAAUUUUUCGGACUUCAACAAUUACGAGGAUGUAGUCACAUACAUCAAUGAGUUUUUGCCAGAAGAUCAGAUAUAUAAAAACACAAAUACACAACCUACAAAACUUUUCGCCUUAAACACGUACCAAAACAGAAAUAAAAAACCUACACAGAAAACGUUCUACUAUUGCAAGAAUUGUACCUGUAACAAAUGCAAAAAUAUUAACCAAUACCAGAAGACCAAACCUGGUUUCUGCUUAAAUUGUUCCUGUACGAAAUGUACCUAUACCAAAUCAAAGUACUAUCAACAGAGACGUCCAAACAACGAAAAAGUUACCACUAAAAAGUUCAACAUAAACAACGUUGAACUCCCUCUAUCCGAUACAGACGAUUAUCUUCUACAGGAAGACGAUCUUGAUACACCAAAUUACCAUCAAUCCUUUGAUUCCGGGGAAGAGACCUUUUCCGAAGACGAUCAGAAACUGACUGAAAACAUUCUUAACAGUUAUAGCGACACAAACCAACAGGAGGAACCCAACUCACAUGACCCCUCUCCACGGGCAUCCGCAUCUAUGAAUUUCCUAGACCUCAACAACACAACCAUCAAGCCUUCAAACCCCAACCAGACCAACUUAAUCCUAGAUACAGGCGCCGAUGCAAACUUUAUUUACUUACCAAUUACCAAGCACAAACAACAAACAAUCAAUCCUUUCUUAAUCACUAUACUAGAUAUUAUUGACUGCGCACCUAUCAUAGUCAAACCAGCCAUAGGUGGAAAGUAUAUAAUCGAUAAAAGGGCAAGGAUUAAACUACAAAUAAACAACCUGCCUAUCGAACAACACUUUUUUAUCAUCCCUGAAGAACGCAAUAAUAUCAUUUUGGGAAAACCCCUAUUAAAAAUUUUGAAGUACCAAUUACAAGAUGAACAUGAAUCUAUCGAAAUAGAUGGUACACGGGUACUCAUUCCACCUGUCCUUUCCACACUGACUACAGAAUCUCAUAUACGAGUAAUUAAACAAAUCGAUAUCAAAGAACAGUUGAAAAAAGAUUUCCCAGCUGUAUUCGAUGAAACACUUCUUAACGCCUCUGAACCAAAACACAAUUAUAUCGCCUUCGUGAAACUCGAUAACUUCCCGUACCAUAAACCUAAAGCCUAUUUCACAAAUCAGUUACAAAAACAGGCCAUUAACCAAUUUAUCACACAAUCUCUCGAAUCAAAUAUGAUAUCACCUAUAGACACAGACGAAGUGGUAGCUCUUAGUCCGGUUUUUCCCAUCCAACAAUCUAAAGAUAAGAUUAGGAUUAUAACGGAUCUGAGAAAAGUCAACACACAUUUGCUGUACACACCGAGACCAAUACCUCCAAUACAACACAUUUUUAGCAACCUUGCUAAUAAAACCAUUUUUUCUUCACUGGAUAUUCGAAAGGCUUACCAACAGAUACCAAUACAAGGAGACAAAUUAGGCCUUAUCACAGAGCUUGGCAGUUAUAAAUUUAACCGCUUGCCUUAUGGUUUAGCUUCUGCUCCCUACUGGUGGGGUGAAUUCAUUCAAAAUAUCCUUAAACAACUACCCCAAUCCAAGGACACCAUAGUAUCCUAUUACUACGACGACCUUAUCAUCGCUUCUUCCACUAUCGCAGAGCAUUACACUACUUUAAAACACAUCAUGGCCCUGUUAGCAGAAAAUGGCCUAUCCCUCAGCUAUGAGAAAAUCCACAUUGCACAACCCAAAGUAUUGUUCCUCGGCUACGAAGUAUCGCAUAACCGCCUGGCCAUCGAUAAAGAGAAGAAAAAUACCAUUGCCAGAUGGGUUUUACCCGAAGACAAGAAAGCCAUCGAGAAAUUCACCGGUUUUGUUAAUUUUUUACGAAAUUUCAUACCAAACGCUUCUCAAUUACUGGCCCCGUUCUAUAGUUUUGCUACAAACAAACCAUCCAAUCAUGAAAAACCAAUUCUUCAAAAGGCUAUGAAAAAGAACUUUCAACUCAUAAAACAAUUGAUACUGAAAUCUCUUACCCUCAAACUAUUUGAUCCUCAAGCACCCACUAUUAUCUAUACCGACGCCAGUCUUACAGGCGCCGCCUCGAUUGUACUACAACCAGAAACUGUCAACGGAAAAACCACACUAUACCCAAUCACUUUCUAUUCACUCCGUUUCACCGACACGCAACAAAGGUACUCCACCGUCGAACGAGAAUUAUGGGCGGUCCUACACACUCUAGAAAAGGCCAGACUUGUACUGUCAUCUAGUAUUACCAUCUAUACCGACAAUCAAGGCAUCAUCAGCAUGGGAAAAACUGAACGUGCCACUCAUCCCAGAUUAACUAAGUAUCUUGAUUUAUUAAAUACCUACAGGUUAAAUUGGAAAUAUAUCAAAGGAAGGGACAACCACGUCGCAGAUUACCUAAGCAGGUACGGAUUAGAUUCCCAACCUACAUUGAAUCUCGACGAAUGGGAAAAAUUCUCAGUCGACAUUAAACUUAAUGCCGUUACACACUCGGAUCAACAAAGUAAAGAAAACCCAAACUUAACUCAACAUACCACUAACGAACAUACCCAAAAGGCUCCCGAAGAAUCACGUGAACCAGCUACUGACACCACCGACCAACAGAAUAACGAAGGCACACCUGACAUCAUACAAGAUGUUCGUAAUCUAUCUUGGUCCCAAAUUUUGGACAUCCAACGUAUUAUUCGAGAACAUUUACCUAUCCCCCAAAUCUACCAGGACAUCAUACAUAUCUUCACAUGGGUUAACAAUAAUUUCUACAUCAUCUACCAUGAACAACUCCACCACAUACUUACCGAUGUGGAUUACAUUGAAAAGGCUACUUCAUUACAUAAUGCCUUUCAUGCCAACCACCGAAUCUUGGAACAGAUGAUGAUCCAGGAGAAAUUCUGGAACCCUAGACAUGCCAUAUUGCUUUUAGAUGUAAUAAGAAACUGUCAACAUUGUGAGAUCUACCAACGCUUCGUAGACUUACCAGUCGAACUACCCAAAAUGAAAAUAACGCCACCACUUACCCGAUGGCACCUUGACUUUGCGGGACCUUUGACAACAUGGGAUGAUUUCCAAUACUUUAUAAUCGCAGUAGAUUAUACCUCCAACCUCACAAUUACAAAACCACUAAUUUCACCAAAUUCUAAUGCCGUCACCGAUAUGAUUCUACAAAUAUACAGUAUGUUUGGUAAACCUAGAGCCAUCAUCACGGAUAAUGCACAAGCCUUCAGAUCAGAAAUAGUCGAACAAGAAGUAAAACGACUACAUUUGAAAUAUUAUCAAAGCUCGGUGUAUAAUCCAAGAGGAAACAGCAAAGCUGAAAGAACGAUAAGGAUGAUUAAAAAGGUACUCAUCCACUUAGAACCUGAUUUGAUCAACUGGCCUGCUAAUUUGUAUAACGCAACGAACAUAGUUAAUAAUACUAAAAUGGUCUAUGGCUAUGCACCUUGUGAAAUUGCAUUUGCUAAAACUGCUCAUAUCGAUUACAAAAAAUACCCUUGGGCACCUCGACAAGAAAGACAAUGGAAUAAAAGACCGAACACUGCAGAACAUUUCCAAGAAGAAGAACAAGUCAACUUAGCAAUAUUCGGUCAUAAGUUGUUACAUGAUGCUCGAAAGAUUACAAAAGAUGAACGGUCCAAAGUUCGUGAAAUGUUAUCUAAAGUAAGAACAGAUACACAAAACGACGUGCAAUACAUAGUCGGAGACCCUGUUUAUCGACUACGACAGAAGAAUAAGAAACAUGAACCCACAUGGGAUGGUCCCUAUACAAUUUCACAACAAGUUGGAAACCACACAUAUAAGAUUAAAACCAAAAACGGAAAGGAAAGCAAAUAUACUUACCAUAGUACAAAGCUAAGACCGGCUUAUGCAGAGCAAGGCUCAGCUAUCCGAACGGCAGCAGAGUACACUAGAGUCUACAACGAUCAGGAACGAAAAUAUUACAUCAAGACACUAGAAGAUAUUAUAAAUGACAAGGUUUUCAAUUGA